AUGACGCAAGAGAGAUGUGUCCUUCUGUCCCAGGGGCGACAAUACGGGGGCGUAUUCAAUGACACAUGCUAUGCCUCAGACUUUCUCCAAGGAACUGUCCUUACGCUUGUUAGUAGCUGCGACCUACCUUGCCCCGGCAAUGCUGGUCAGAUAUGCGGUGGACUAACGAACGCUACCACCUUGCGCCGGCGUAACUAUUACGGUCAACAGAUUUCCCGACGCGCUGCCCCACCCACCGUUCUUCUAACUUUGUUUGGUCGCGUUGGAAACAUUGGCUCUACAGACAUUCCCAGUAAUGCUGGUCCUUCUGGUCCAGCUAUCGGCCCAUCCCCGUCAAGCGCUGCGCCGAUUCCAUUGCCCGGCAGCUCGAGCUUGAAUGUGCCCCCUUUACAAAUUCCGUCGAGUCUAGUCACUCUAGAAAACUUCCCUCCGGGUUUACCAUCAGUUUCCCUACCUUCAGGCGGGGCUACCACCAUUAUUACUGGGAGAACAGCCACUCAGACCAGAAGUAAUACGUUGAGUGUUACUUCUGUCGUAACUACAAUCUUCUAUACCACAGUCAACCCACUUAACCCUACCGCUAUGGUAAAAACCGAGUUUCAUACCACGAUAUACUUUGAGGAUUGCGGCUGCCCCACCCAAAAGAUUCCGUCGGUAUGCAUGGUUACAACAGUGGCUCAAUGCCACAGGUGUGGCCUCAGAGGGGAGAAUACAGUGACCUUAGUGGUUCCGUCACUUUCCGAUAGCCUCCCACAAAAUCAGAUCUCGUUAGCAAAAGAAACAUCACCGUUAUCUUUCGAGUUGGUUAAAUCAUUACUUGCAACACAACCUCGCAUGGCGGUUACUUCAGCGGCUCCAAGUUUCAACUAUCCAGUGGCUUCAAAUCCUACCCUUUCGCAGGCUCGAAAUCCAAUUGACACAGUGGGUCCAAUUCAACAAGAGCCGUUGGUUCCGAACCCAAAUAAAGCAGCGUCUCAAAGCCAAAAGUUUUCGCCAGUGGAAACCGUUGUUGCUGCUAAAGCACCGGCUGAGCGACACGCCUUACAUAUAACGGGUGUCUUCGGGAUUACUGCUUGCGUAUUAGGAUAUGUAAUGGUUCUGGCGUGA